AUGCAAGACAAGAUUUCGCAGUUCCUUUUUACAGCUCACAAUCAGUAUAAGACAGCUGUCAAACCUCUUCUAUCAUCCGUCAAGUGGCUUGCUGAUGCCGUCAUCGAGAUCAAUGGGCUCUUUAUCGACUCGAAAGUUUAUCUGAGGAGUCAUUUAAUAAGUAUUGUUGCCAAUGAUUCGAAAGAUGGUCUUGUUAACAAUGUGAGAUACGAGAGCAUCAAAUCAACUUGGUCAUUCGGAUCGCUAAUUCCAAAAGGUAUUUGAUUCUUCUACCGGCGCGUUAGGUGUUCCGUUCGAAAACCAGUUACCAGAAAGUUUGAUUCAAACAGAGGAGCCCACUGGUCUUUUGAAGUAUCUCGAGCAAUUGAAAGAUGGUAAGCUCUGA